CCGUACACGUACAGGCGCAGGUCGUCAGGUACCCUACGUCAUUCCUGAAUGGUAAUCGUUACACGUGUACGUGUAUACCAUUCAGGCAGCUACCCAAAGGUGGGUGGCAGUUCGGUUUCAGAGCAGUUACGCCAGGGCCUCCCUACUGGGUUCGACAGGGUUUGAACCCAUUAUUGGUCCCUAAUUGGUCCCUACCCAAAGGACCGAGGGGUGGGUUUCGGAUACCGUGGACAGUCUACUGUGUAUUGAGUACACAAGCAGAAUUCACACAGUUAAUCAGCCGUUCAUGAUUCCUAAUUGGUCCCUACCUAAUUAGUCCCAACUUUUGCCGCGCGCGCGUGUUGCCGCGCACCGUCGCGCACCGCGCGGGUAAUUUGCGUUCACGCGCGCGUAAAUUGCCGCGUCUGCGAGAAUCGCGCUGACGGCGGGUGGCGAAUGGAGAGGGGGGCGCGCGCAGCUUGUCGAGGCAAAACAAGCCCAGUACAUUUCGCCGGCCACUGAAUGGAAUUUGAUGAACGACCCACGGAAUUUGCUUCCAGUCGAUUGGCUUAUUAGAUCAGAUCACCCAACGAGUCCAGCUCAGUUGGUACACGCACGCCCUGUUGAAAUGUCAGACGGAAGUUCGAACCCAGAAACAGAUUAGAUUAGAUUGAGAUUUGGAUUUUAGAUUGAGAUUGAGAUUAAGAUUAUAUUGAUUGGAUUGGAUUGGAUGCCGAUUCGGUGCAGAGUUGAGCGAGUCAGCGUUGACUGAGUCAGCAUUGAUUCACUGCUGGCUCUACGAGUCAGCGUCGGUUCUGCUGUUGCCGCCACGACUGAGGUGGGGAGGUAUCUGACUUGGGAGGAAUAGAGUCUCAUUCACGUCUUCACGGCCCUGAAGUGUUCGUGCGUGUUUUUGCGCGUGCUUGUGUGACGACGACCCCUAUUUGUCUAAUCUUGCACAGUCAGCAGCAAUGAUUCAUUUUGUGUUGCUCAUAAGCCGUCAGGGGAAGGUGCGCCUCACCAAAUGGUAUUCCCCUUACUCACAGAAAGAGAGAACGAAGGUUGUAAGAGAGCUCAGUGGGACGAUACUGAGCCGAGGAGCAAAGCUGUGCAAUUUCAUUGAGUGGAAAGGGUUGAAGGUUGUGUACAAGAGGUAUGCAAGCUUGUACUUCGUCAUGUGUGUCGAUGUGGAGGACAAUGAGCUGGCGACAUUGGAAACCAUUCAUCAUUAUGUGGAAAUCCUUGACCGCUACUUUGGAAAUGUCUGCGAGCUUGACCUGAUAUUCAACUUCCAUAAGGCAUACUAUAUACUGGAUGAGCUCCUCCUCGCAGGAGAGCUCCAAGAGUCGAGCAAGAAAUCCAUUGCUCGGGUCAUAUCCGCGCAGGAUCAAGCAGUCGAGGCGGCAAAAGAGCAAGCCAAUUCCAUCAGUGGGAUGAUAGCGAGCGCAACAAAGUAGAAGGUGAAAGUGUCUAGGCCAUUUGUGUGUGUGUGUGUGUGUGUGUGUGUGUGUGUGUGAGAGAGAGAGAGAGAGAGAGAGAGAGAGAGAGAGAGAGAGAGAGAGAGAGAGAGANGUGUGUGUGUGUGUGUGUGUGUGUGUGAGAGAGAGAGAGAGAGAGAGAGAGAGAGAGAGAGAGAGAGAGAGAGAGAGAGAGAGAGAGAGUUCUCUGCACCGUGCAAGUACGUUGGGGGUUUCCAAAGAGGGCUAUGGGAGCAGUAAGAGUUUUUUUUUUUUUUUUUUUAAUGAUUGGAAAGAGGGGUAUCGGAUAGAAAUGGUGAUGAUGGUUCUGGGAAGUGUGUGUGGGGUUUUGAGCGGGUGAACGGGUAGUUUUGCGAGGUCGGAGUGUGUGGGUUGAUGGGACGAUGAAUGCUCGCCUCAGUUUUUAGGAAGUUAGGAUAGAUGGGAUUAUAAUAACUGACAUCCACUUGAGUCUUGGAUGCUGUGUUAAUUUUUUUCUUGUUCAAAAAGUUUUCAAAGUUAUUUUUGCAGUCUGUGUACGCAGAGUGGUGGGAGUGCUGCUCACAACGCACCCGCCGUGGGAAGGAAGGAAGGUGGUGAGGUGUUGCCUUGAGAGAGAGAGAGAGAGGAGAGCUCUCGAGUAAGUAGCGGCAGCAAUACCGACGCAGUUCGCUCCAAGUCGUGGCAGCAAUACCGACGCAGUUAUAGCUCGAAGCCACUUCUGUUUGAAAUAUAUCAGACGCCCUGCAGUCUUUCGCAGCUUGCAGGUUUGUAUCUAGCCACACCGGUUUUCAGCGCAGCACCAUUCGUCAGGGUUGUUUCUUCCUUUUGUUUUCACCUUCUUCGACAUUCCAUGCUUGUUGUUGAGUGGAAGUGGGAGUUACGCUCUGGUGACGACAGGUAGAAGCGAGAGUCCCGUCUUCACGUGCUCGGGUCGGAAUCGAUGUCAGACGUUGAUAUGAAUCGUGUUCUCAGGAGAACGGAGAUCGAUGGUCAUCAAGCCGCGCACUGUCUUUGUACAUGCACGCAGUGUACAAGGGGGGAGCGAUUUGUUGUUAUGCUUACGUAGGUUGGCAGAAGGUGGCCAGUAUCUUCUUCUCUUCCCCCCCCAUCUUCCCCUCCCUCGGUAUAUAAUGAGGGUGUUGCAUUGUCUUUCAAAUUGGUUGUUAAAUUAGUUGCUCUUGUGCGAUAUAUCACUAAUGCUGCCAAGGAAUAAGAGGCUUUCCUCCCUCCCUCCCUCCCUCUCCCUCUCUCCCCUCUCUUUCUGUCUUCCCUCUCUCCCCCCUCCAUCCCGCUUCUCUCGCUUCCUCGCUUGCUCUUGGGGCAGGAAUGCUGGGUGGUAGAAGGCCAUCUGCAAUGAAUCAACAAUAAUGCA